CCAGUCUGCUACUUUCUAAAGAUCUACAUGGAGCUUGGCAGAGGAACUACGAAUCUCUGAGGGGAAUACAGUCCGGCUGCCUCUGCAACUACGCCCGAAGCAUGGUUAUUUUGGAGGAAAGCUCUCCGGCGAACUAAGUUGCGGCAUUCGGCUUUUAAGUGUCAAAAUACAGAGGAGGUCUUCGAGAACGCGUGGCACCAGUGGAAACAUUUGUGAACGCUUAAAACGACAAUUUGAAUGAAAUAAUCAACUUUGUGGAAGCAGCGAUUCUUCGGGACUGCGAUGACCUCCAGUAAAGACAUGAAGGCAGGUUCUGUGUUGCAGUCCAGCGGCGAGGAAAGGAGACGAGCUCCCUUGGACCAGCUGCCGCCGCCGGCCAACUCCAACAAGCCUUUAACGCCGUUCAGCAUUGAGGAUAUCCUUAAUAAACCCUCGGUAAAGAAGUCGGUCGCCAGUAUCUGUCCGCCGAGAGUACUGGAGAAAGUCACGGGCUCUAACUCGGCGAGGAACGGGAUCACCACUCCCUCCUCGCCGCUGUGCGCGCUGGAGGAGUUGGCCAGCAAAACGUUUAAGGGUCUGGAAGUCAGCGUUAUCCAGGCAGCAGAAGGUCGUGAGCAUCUAAACGCCUUCGGACAGAGACAGACGUCGAAAAAGAGGAGAAAGUCGCGGACGGCGUUCACGAACCAUCAGAUUUACGAACUGGAGAAGAGGUUUCUGUAUCAGAAGUACCUUUCUCCGGCCGACCGCGACCAGAUCGCGCAGCAGCUGGGGCUCUCCAACGCGCAGGUCAUCACCUGGUUUCAGAACCGCAGGGCCAAACUCAAGCGGGACCUGGAGGAGAUGAAAGCGGACGUGGAGUCGCUAAAGAAAAUCACCCCACAGACGCUGCAGAAGCUCGUCAGCAUGGAGAACAUUGAGGAUCCCCAGGGUGGGGGGUCCGAGGCCAGAUCGCCCAGUCUCUCCCCGACCUCGCAAGAACACCGGGCCUUCCCACAGUCCCCCUCCUCAUCCAGAGACCAAACCACGGAUGAAUUCUCGGAGGACGACGAGGAAAUCGAGGUGGACGAUUGACAAGUCAGAGGGCCUGUGAUUUUCAUAAGCAACAACUAAAACAAGAAUAUAAAAAGGGGGCAUUUUUCUUCCCAAACUUUUGCACGGAUAUUGACAGAAAAGGAGAAUAUACACAUAUAUAAACAUUUCAGGAAAGUUUUUUUUCUCUUCCUCCUCCUUUUUUCCUCCGUUUUAAUUUAUUAACCGGACUUGUAAAGUUUCCAAGUCUGUCGUUUAGGUUUCACCACAAUAUCUGAGGAAUAUCCGGUUUCCUUUCAUACAGACCUUACUGUUAUGGUACAGGAAGAUCGAAAAUUGUGUAAACAUUUUAAUAUUUCACGUUCGUUUUGGGGGGGAUGUGUGUGGAAAGUUGUGCAAUUAUCUUUUUUUUUUCUGUUUGCCAUUUAUUCGCAUUCUUCUGUUUAAGGAAUCGGAUCUGCCAAAUAUUUAAAUGACCUCCUCCACCCCUUGUCUUUUUUUUUUCCUGCACAGCCGGGGAUCGAUGUGUCAGUCCAUCCCACCUUAAGUGUAGCUAUUUUUUUUUUUUUUGUCCUGAGCGAAACGUGUCUCUGCCACCGUGCAGGCCUGCUCGCAGCGCAAAGGAGGCAUCACUAUUAGUAUCGACUGCAAACUUUUACACGCUCUGAGUUCU